CCUGACCUCAAACAUCGAUAGACACGUUGACAGUUUCAUGUGUUUUAUCCGAAUGAAUGUUUAAAGAAAAUACAAAAGUUAUUAACGAAAUCCGGCAGCUUGUAUAUAAGUUCAUAUAGUUAUUAACUGAAGGUGUAUUAAAUAGUAUAUAAUUAAAAUUAAGAUCAACAAUUGAAGGUCAUCUUGGACGAUAAUUUAUGAAUUUUUAAUUUUAUUAAAGUAAAUUUUAAUUAAUUCAUCGUUGAGCUGGUAAAGAUGAGAAUUAUACAACUUAGAGUAAGUUAUAAAAUAAUAUUAGUAGUAUGUAUCGCAUUAUUAGUGCUUUAUGCUAUCUAUACAUCGGAAUUUGACACUCAAUCAAAAAGUCUUGGAGAUUAUCUACCUCAAAGUCUUAAAUCUAGGCAGGUUCCAGUUUUAGUUGAUAGCCUUGGAAACUUUGAACCUACAAACACUCCAGUUCGAACUGGUCCGGGAGAAGGUGGAAAGCCUCAUAUUCUUCAAGAUGAGCAACAAAAUGAUGUACAACAAUCAGAAUCUGAAUACGGAAUGAACAUGGUAUGUUCUGACGAAAUAUCUUUAGAUAGAUCGAUUCCGGACAUCAGACCAGAAGAAUGUAAACACUGGAAUUAUCCAACAAAUCUUCCUAAAACUUCAGUCAUCAUUGUUUUUCACAAUGAAGGUUGGUCUGUAUUGAUGAGAACAGUUCACAGUAUUAUUAAUCGAACGCCUCCACAAUUUCUUAAAGAAAUUCUCCUAGUUGAUGAUUUUUCUGAUAAGGAAAAUCUCAAAGGUGAACUUGAAUCUUACAUUGAACAAUGGAAUGGUAAAGUAAGACUAAUAAGAAAUGAAAAAAGAGAAGGAUUGAUUAGAACCCGGUCGAGAGGAGCAAAAGAAGCCAAAGGAGAAGUAAUAGUUUUCCUUGAUGCUCAUUGUGAAGUUAAUGUUAAUUGGCUUCCACCCCUUUUAGCGCCUAUUUCUAUCGAUAGUACUGUAAUGACUGUUCCAAUCAUUGAUGGAAUUGAUCAUAAAACUUUUGAAUAUCGAUCAGUAUAUCAAGAAGGUCAUUUAUACCGAGGAAUAUUUGAAUGGGGAAUGUUGUAUAAAGAGAAUGAACUUCCUAGAAGAGAAGCUAAACAAAGGAAGUAUCAAAGUGAACCUUACAGAUCCCCAACACAUGCUGGUGGACUUUUUGCUAUAAAUAGAAAGUAUUUUCUAUCUUUAGGUGGUUAUGAUGAUGGUUUACUAGUUUGGGGUGGAGAAAACUUUGAAUUAUCUUUUAAAAUAUGGCAAUGUGGAGGAAGUAUAUUAUGGGUUCCUUGUUCUCAUGUUGGGCAUGUUUACCGUGGAUUUAUGCCGUAUAAUUUUGGAAAAUUAGCUGAAAAAAAGAAGGGACCUUUAAUUACGAUAAAUUACAAAAGAGUUAUUGAAACUUGGUUUGAUGAAAAACAUAAAGAAUUUUUCUAUACACGAGAACCUCUUGCAAGGCUUCUAGAUCAUGGAGAUAUCAGCGAACAACUUAAAUUUAAAGAAAGAAAACGAUGCAAGAGUUUUCAAUGGUAUAUGGAUAAUAUUGCUUAUGAUGUAUUGGAUAAGUUUCCUGAAUUACCUCGAAAUUUGUAUUGGGGUGAAUUAAGGAGUGUUGCAACUGAUCAUUGUCUUGAUACUAUGGGUCAUGGACCUCCAAGUUUAAUGGCUACAUCCAAAUGUCAUGGAUUUGGAAAUAAUCAGUUGAUUAGAUUAAACGAAAAAGGACAGCUUGGAGUUGGAGAGCGGUGUAUCGAAGGAGAUAAAAUGGGAAUUAAAUUGUCUUUCUGUAGGCUCGGUACCGUUGAUGGUCCAUGGCAAUAUGAUGAUACAACUAAAAAAGCAUUAAGACAUAGAGUUUUGAACAAAUGUAUGGCAUUACAUCCACAAACAAGGCAACUGUCUUUAAUGUCUUGUGAUUAUAAUAACAUUUAUCAACAGUGGAAAUUCUAUCCAAUUAAUCCACAGUGGUAAAUGAAGAUUAAGAAUUAAAAAUAAGAAAAGGUGUACGGGCACAUGUGAGUUCGAUAAUACGUUGAAAUUCCAUCUAUUUACAUUAAUAUAAAACAUUCAUUUAAAAUAUAAUUUUUUAUAAAAUGUUUUCAAAUUUUAUUUUAAAUUAAUCAUUAAUGCUGAGUAUUUUGUAAAUUAUUUUUUAAACAA